CACCAUUUUAGUACUAUAUGGAGUUUAGUUGCUGGUACACAUUUCUUACUGUAGGCAGUUUAAUUUUUACCCACAGCAACGUUGUUGAUGCAAAUGUAAGCUGCUUUGCAAGGAAUCAAUUUACAGUAGUGUUUCUACUGGGAGACUGAGAAGCCAAACAUUUUCAAGGCAGGGAUUAUCAAGAUAUUGCAAGUGGACAGAGAUCUGAAACUGCUGAAGGUUGAGAAAUUGCUUAGCUUUAACCAGCGCGAUGCCCUUGGAAUAACCAAGAGUUGUUCUCACGUGUAAUUGCGACAAGAGGUGUAUCAUUUGCUGUUACAACAUCUUUGGUUGUUGAGUAAGGGCCAGUUUACAGUCUGACAGCACAGGCGGCUAGCUAACAAGGAUUGGAGCUAGGCCUAUGUUGUCUUGAUAGCAAGGACAAUGAUAUUAGUACACAUAGACUGUCAACAAAUAAAAUUACAAAAAUUAUAUUUUAAUUGGCUUGUUCUACAUGCCGUCAUCGUCUAGGUUAUGUACGCGACAACUGUUUCAACGAUCUAGUUAGGUAACAUUAGCGUGAAGUUGCAAUGGCUGCGUUACUUUUGCAACGUUAUAGCAAGUCAUGGAACGUUAAGCAUAUCAAAGGAAGUCAAGUUUGGACAUUAAUAUCUCGUCACAGAAACGGCGCCUCAGGAAAUCUUGACAAUGUCGCUAGUAGAAUUAUUCACCGAAAGCUGGAAUCGUGUUCUGGUUGCAAAGAGCUGUUGAAACCUAAGUUAGGUGUGAUAUUACCUCCACAAACGAAUCGUGAUUUUAAAUCACUUCAUACCAAGCUCAACACACCGUUGUAUCCAAGAAUCCUAGGGCUCACCAGGACAUUGCAUGAAAAUCAACAGAUACUGAACCAAGGUGGAUUAUGGAAGAUAUUAGGCGGCCUCCAUUACUUUAGCACCUCUCAGUCACGUAAAGAGAAGAAAGAUGGAGGCAAGGGCAAGACUCCUGAAGAAGAUGAAGAGGAGAAGAAACGUCGAGAGCAAGAGGACCAAAUGUAUCGCGAGCGCCUGCGAACCCUCUUUAUCAUCGCACUCAUCAUGAGUGUCCUUAAUUCCAUCAACACUAGCGGGGGAAACAUCUCCUGGAACGACUUUGUGCACGAGAUGCUGGCAAAGGGAGAAGUGUCUCGCGUGCAGGUGGUUCCUGAGAGUGACAUUGUGGAGAUUUUCCUCCACCCUGGAGCAGUCAUCUUUGGAAGACCCAGGCUGGCCCUGAUGUAUCGCAUGCAGGUGGCCAACAUCGACAAGUUUGAGGAGAAGCUACGUGCAGCUGAGGAGGAGCUCAACGUUGAUGCCAAAGACAGAAUCCCAGUUUCAUACAGACGCACUGGUUUCUUUGGAAAUGCACUGUAUGCGCUUGGCAUGGCUGCUAUUGGGGUGGCCAUCCUCUGGUACAUCUUCCGACUUGCAGGCAUGGGAGGCAGAGAAGGAGGCUUCAGUGCUUUUAAUCAGCUAAAAAUGGCCAAGUUCACUAUUGUGGAUGGUAAAUCUGGAAAGGGGGUCAGCUUCAAGGAUGUUGCAGGGAUGCAUGAAGCAAAGAUGGAAGUAAAAGAGUUUGUUGACUAUUUAAAGAACCCAGACAGGUACCUCCAGCUGGGGGCCAAGGUCCCCAAGGGCUCCUUGCUGUUGGGGCCUCCAGGAUGUGGGAAGACCCUACUGGCAAAGGCAGUGGCAACCGAAGCUCAAGUGCCUUUCCUUGCCAUGGCAGGGUCUGAAUUUGUUGAAGUCAUUGGAGGUCUCGGUGCUGCCAGAGUCCGAAGUUUGUUUAAAGAGGCGCGCGCCCGGGCCCCCUGUAUCGUCUACAUAGAUGAGAUUGAUGCUGUAGGAAAGAAACGCUCCACCAAUAUGUCCGGCUUCUCCAACACCGAGGAAGAGCAAACGCUUAAUCAGUUACUAGUCGAGAUGGACGGAAUGGGAACCACAGAUCAUGUGAUUGUUUUGGCCUCCACAAACCGGGCAGACAUUUUGGAUAAUGCACUUAUGAGACCCGGGAGAUUAGACAGACAUAUUUUCAUUGACCUCCCCACCUUACAGGAGAGGAAGGAGAUCUUUGAGCAGCACUUGAAGAUCCUCAAGCUCACCCAGCCGGCCAACUUCUACUCCCUGCGCCUGGCUGAGCUCACCCCCGGCUUCAGUGGUGCCGACAUUGCCAACAUCUGUAAUGAGGCUGCCUUACACGCUGCCAGAGAAGGAUACAAGUCCAUAGACACGUUCAACUUUGAGUAUGCAGUGGAGAGGGUCAUUGCAGGAAGUGUAAAGAAAAGUAAGAUCCUAUCCAAAGAGGAGCAGAGAGUGGUUGCUUUUCAUGAGUCUGGUCAUGCUUUGGUUGGGUGGCUGCUUGAACAUACCGAGGCAGUCAUGAAGGUGUCCAUUGCCCCCAGGACCAAUGCUGCCCUGGGGUUUGCCCAGAUCCUGCCCAGGGACCAGUACCUCUUCACCAAAGAGCAGCUGUGUGAGCGGAUGUGCAUGGCACUGGGUGGGCGAGCAUCUGAGGCCAUCACAUUCAACAAAGUCACCACAGGUGCCCAGGAUGACCUGAGGAAGGUAACACGGGUGGCCUACUCAAUGGUGAAGCAGUACGGCAUGUCCCCUAGUGUGGGUCAGGUGUCUUUCCCGGACUCGGAGGAGCAGGGAGCCAUUGGGCGCAGGCCCUUCAGCCAGGGCCUCGCGGAGCAGAUGGACCACGAGGCUCAAAUGCUCGUGGCUCGUGCAUACAGACAGACAGAAAAGCUGCUUCUGGACAACAGGGAUAAACUCAUAGUGCUGGCCAACACAUUGCUGGAGCGUGAAGUAGUGAACUAUGAGGACAUUGAGGCUCUGCUCGGCCCCCCACCACAUGGGCCCAAGAAGAUGAUCGCCCCACAGACGUGGCUCGAGGCCGAGAAGGACAAGCAGGACACUGGGGAGGACGAGCCUCGCCGGCCCCAACCACCUCCCAGGAAGGAUGGCGAAGAGGACUACAACCUCGCGUGAACUCUGUCUAGGGGCCUACCCCAAGGCACAGGACUGGCUUCAUGGUGCUAGAGAUGUUCCGUAGAUAGUCACUUUUUUUAUGUUGCCAGCCGACAUACUCUGAUUGCAGUGAACUGAUCUUGAAGUUGAACGUUUCUUUGCAGAUAGUUUUUUUGCGACUGAAAAAGAACAAAGAUAAGGUUCCUACCGUACUGUAUGCUGAACUGAAUGAAUGGAGUGGAAAAUAAUUAUAACUAUGUCUGUUUUAAUUGAAUGUAAUGGGCAAUGUUUGUACAGGAACCGUUGUUUGUACAGAGAAGGGACGAGAGAAGAGAAUGCAAUAAAAUUCACAAAUUAGCCAAAUAUGGUCCUGAAAGGAUUAAGCUCCUUUGUAGAGAUUACACAGCCAUUCCAUGGUUUCAAUAUUCAGGUUUAUGUUUUUCCUAACUGUCUGUUACCUGUAAAGAAUGAGAUCCCUGCUGCAUUCAGAUAUUCCAAGUACCAUAGGAAAGAAAUAUAGUCACUGUGGGUGCCAAGUGCUUUCAGUACGAGGAACAUGAGGAAAAACUUAUUCAGAUUUGGCUGCAGACCACUGGUAGGCUAAUGCAACCAUAUUGCGCCCAGAUCAAACAAAGCUGUAUAAUGUGUGUGUUCAAAUAAAUCCUAUUAAGUGUA